AUGCCCUUCACCGACGCAACCCUCCCCAAGAUCCCCGAAUUCGACGCGCUGACGCUGGACCCCAAGGGCCCGCCGGGCAACGCGUGGGGGCUCUUCGGCGAAAACGACGAGCUGGGCAUGCUCAACCUGCUCACGCCCGAAACGGUCGCGGCCGCAGCGAAAGAAAUCAAGACGGGGGUGCGCUUCUCGCUCGACCUGCCGCUGAACCAGCCCGAGUUCCCCAGCUUCGACCGGCAGCCGUUCAAGCACGAAAUCAACCAACGAGGCGCGGGGCGGAGCGUCAACGAUGAUGUGCUGCAUUUCAACACGCAGUCGAGCUCGCAGUGGGAUGGCUUCCGGCACUACGGCAACCAAAAACACAAAUGCUACUACAUGGGCCACACGCAAGAAGACAUCCUAAAAUCCGACGUCAUCGGCACCAACGCCUGGCUCCGCACCGGCGGCAUCCAAGGCCGCGCCAUCCUCCUCGACUACGCCAGCUGGGCCACCGCGCACUCCAUCCCGCUCUCGCCCUUCACAUCGCAGCCCAUCCCGCUCGCCCACAUCCACCAACUCAUCGCCGAGCGCUCCAUCACCAUCAACCGCGGCGACAUCCUCCUCCUCCGCACGGGCCUCGACGCCGCUCUCAAGCGCCUCACCCCCAGCGAGCAGCGCGCGAUAUCCACCCGCAGCUCCCCCGACUUCAUCGGGCUAGAGGCCGGGCGGGCGACGCUGCGGUGGAUGUGGGAGCAAGGCUUCAGCGCUGUGGCGAGCGACGCGCCGAGUUUUGAGCGGGGGCCGGUGUUGGGUGCCCACGCGGAUGCGGAGCAUACGUUGCAUCAGUGGUUGCUUGCGGGUUGGGGCAUGCCGAUUGGGGAGUUGUUUGAUUUGGAGGGGUUGGCGGAGUACUGUGAGAGGGAGGGGAGGUGGAGUUGUUUUUUUAGUAGUGUGCCGUUGAAGGUUCCUGGCGGUGUUGCGAGCCCGCCCAAUGCGGUUGCUAUUUUGUAG